AUUCGCGUGCGGCAAGCGUUCGCGUCGGUUGAUACACACCGGCGAGCUGAUCUUUAAGAAUCUUCACGGAGUUCGCUUCGGAAGAGUACAUUAAGCAGAGAUCGUGCGAUCGCCCACAAGAGAGGAAGGAAUACAAGCGCGGCUCGUUUUCAUUUUCUUCGAUUUUUCGCGGACCGGAAUCAAAAUGACGUUCAACGGUGAAGAAGGCGGCGAUGAGUGGGGUAACGGAGACGACUGCGACGCCUACACUGUUGCGUCGCCAAGCGGUGGUGAUACAGGCUGUCGUGUAUGCAAGCAGGAGGGACACUUCGCCAGAGAAUGCCCCAACAAAUCAGAUAAUCAAGGAUGUUUCCGAUGCGGAGAGGUUGGGCAUAGGAAAAGUGAAUGUCCCAAUGCUGGGUCGGGAGCCUGCCGCAAAUGUAACGAAGAGGGGCACAUUGCUCGCGACUGCACCAACGCUCCGCCGCUCGUUUGCCGGACCUGCAACCAGGAGGGUCACAUGUCUCGUGACUGUCCCGACGGCGAACCGAGGACGUGUCGGAAAUGCAAUGAAGAAGGCCACAUGGCGAGGGAAUGUCCUAACGCGCCUCCGAUGGGUAAGCUCAAAGUUUGCCGGAAAUGUAACGAGGAGGGCCACAUGUCUAGAGAUUGUCCCAAUGCUCCCCCGGACAAGUGCUUCAACUGCGGUGAAGAAGGCCACCGGGCCGGCGAUUGUAAGAAUGAGCGCGUCGAACGACUGGGCGAAGAUGGGAAACCCCUUCCCCCGCCCGUGACGUACAUUCCGUCGACCGAGGCCGUCACGGACGCGACGUUCGAGAUGUUGCAUCAUAGCGACGCGAACAUCAGUCGCUACGACACCAUGGCGGUGACUGUGAGCGAUCCCCAGUUCGAAAUCCCUAUGAACACUUUCGCCGAAUCUGGGUUCUCUGCGAAUCUGAUGGAUAAGAUCGUCACGAAGCUGAAGUUCGCCGCGCCGACCCCGAUACAGAAAUACUGUAUCCCGAUCAUCGCAGCCGGACGAGACGUGAUCGCGUGCUCGCAAACCGGUUCCGGGAAAUCAGCGGCCUUCAUUCUCCCGAUCCUUCAAAAGAUCAUGAACGACCCGGCCUUACCGUCACGUGAAUCGAUUCGCGGCCAACGGACGCAGACGCCUCUGGUGGUGGUUCUUUCACCGACAAGAGAACUUUGUCUCCAACUCUACGAACAUUUCCGUUUGUUUUCGGAGGAAAGCCCGAGACGUAUCGGAGUUUCUCCCGCCUACGGAGGGACCCAGGUUCGCUACAAUGCAGAACAGAUUAGCAGCGGCACACAUGUCCUGUGUGCGGUGCCUGGUCGUCUGAAGCAGUUUUUGGACGACGGAAGGAUCUCGUUCGCGAAGGUUCAGUACCUCGUUCUGGACGAAGCCGACAGAAUGCUGGAUGACGGUUUCUACGCAGCGAUCAAGGCCUUCGAGGAGCACCCAACGAUGGUUCCGAAGGAGAACCGUCAAACGUUGAUGUUUUCUGCGACGUUUUCGAAAGUCGAAGAUUUGGCGCGGCAGAUGAUGAAGCCCGACGCGGUGAAGGUCGUGGUGGGUAUCUUGGGCGGCGUCAACAGCGACGUCGAGCAAAGUUUCAUUCUGACCGAGGAUUACAAAGCGAAGCGGGAAGCACUGAGACUGAUUCUGAUGGAAACUUGUGGCACUCCGGGCGAGGGAGCGGAACAGACCGAGCUUGGAGAAGCUGGAAAAGUCAUGGUGUUCGUCGAGAAGAAGAAGAGCGCCGAUUUCAUCGGCACGUUUUUGAGCCACAAUAAAUUCGGCACGACAACCAUGCACGGAGAUCGCACUCAGGAGCAACGUGAAGAAGCGUUGCGAACGUUCAGGGACGGCAAGCACGCGGUUCUCGUCGCGACGGAGGUCGCUGCCCGUGGUCUCGACAUCAAGGGUCUAGGCAUGGUCAUAAAUUUCGAUAUGCCACAGGACAUCGACAAGUACGUUCAUCGUGUCGGUCGAACGGGCCGAGUAGGGAUCGCUGGUAAAGCGGUUUCCUUCUUCGACCCAUCGGCGGAUGCUCAGUUAGCCAGUCAGCUCGUGAAAGUGCUGAACGAGUGUGGGCAAGCGGUGCCCGACUUCAUAUCCAAUGCCGCCUGCGGGGACUGCAGUUUGGACGACCUUGUGGCUGACGAGGGCGGCUGGGACGACGGCGGCUGGGAGCAAUAAAUAACUCCGGUGCUCGUGAGGAUCGAGUCGGCGUUCCGUAGUCCUGGAAGCUGCCCACGGAUCGUUCACGCAUGGAGAAGAUGACAAGCCGGUCACGCUAAGCUUUCCUUUUGGAAACGCUGAUGAAAUUCUCAUCGAUGUGCAAAGUAUCGAUGACUGAAUCUGCCCAUGGAGAGGCACUCCUUUGUUUGUCUAUUAGAAAUUGGGCAGCUGCGUUAAUUUGCAAGCUUGACGCAUAUUGGGGAAGACACCGGAUUGUGGAACGUAUCUUCUCGAUAAAAAAAUCUUUUUUU